UUCAGGAAUUCCUCAGUACAAAUGUUCAAAAUAUUUCAUUGUGAAUUGUUUAUGAUACUCAUUUUACAAGUCGCCUAAAGUAUUCCUUCAAAAUAUGUAUAUUUCAGAGAAAAUGAAGGCGAAGGGAACCUUGAAGGAGUACACUGUGAUCGGGCGCAAGCUCCCCACAGAAGUUGAACCCGUCACUCCUCUCUACAGGAUGAGGAUCUUCGCCACCGACCCUGUCGUUGCUAGGUCUAGGUUUUGGUAUUUCCUCCGUCAGCUCCGUAAGUUCAAGAAGACUACUGGAGAGAUCGUCUCCGUUGAGGAGAUCAGGGAAAAGAACCCUCUGAAGAUCAAGAACUUCGGAAUCUGGCUCCGUUAUGAUUCCAGAUCCGGAACCCACAACAUGUACAGGGAGUACCGUGACCUGACCGUCAACGGAGCCAUCACCCAGUGCUACCGUGAUAUGGGAGCCAGGCAUAGGGCCCGUGCUCACGCCAUCCAGAUCAUCAGAUGUGAACCUGUCGCUGCCGGCAAGUGCCGUCGUCCCCUGGUAACUCAGACCCACGACUCCAAGAUCAAGUUCCCUCUGCCCCGUAGGGUUCAGAAGCAGGGUGGAGCUAUGGUGCAGGCCAACCGUCCCAGCACAUACUUCCAGUAGAUAUACAUUUCCCUGGAACUCUCUGUAACUUGAAAAAUAAAUAAAUUUUGAAGAAAUUCAAUCCCGAAAAUUUAUUUGCUGAAUUUUUUCAGA